GACUUUCUUUUUGUUGUCCAUGGAAAAACAGUGAGCUGUGAUCGCAUGAUAAGCCAACAAUAGGCUAUAACUACGUUAUUCAUUUCAAUGGCCAAAAAAACAAGUUUGUGUUCAUAUGGCGAGGCUGUGUGCUAAUGAGCAGAAGCAUUGAGAAAGUUUACUCCUCGAGAAUUAACAAGGUAACUUUUCCUAACAGUUUUUUGAGUUUGUUUGUAACAAUGUUUCCUCAGAGCAGAGGAAGGCUAGGCUAUGCUGUGUUCCAAUAUCCAUACUACUAUCCGUACUUACUAGCCUUAGUUUGAGUACGUAGGGCGUUCUAAUUCAGAUCGGGUGAAAAUAAGUGUGGCUCAUCAUGUAAGUAAGUAAGUAACAUUUAUUUAUAAAAGCACAUUUAAAACAGUUUGCACUGACCAAAGUGCUGUACAUGGUGCAUUCAGCAGGCAAAGAUGAAGGCAAAAUAACAUGAGAAUAAAAUACAGAUAAAAGACAUGAAACCGGACAUCCACACACAACAAAGGCAGUAGUGCAGAGGUCAGAUCAUGAUCGAUGGACACUUUUUGUACUCAACGGCAGCCAUCUUAGCUACGUAGCGGAAGAGGGCGGGGCCAGGCUGAGCCAAAGUCGGCGCAUUUUCCACAUAGCCUGCAUUAAUAGACUCAUUUUGUAGUUUUUAUAGCUUUUUAUCCGCAAGUUUCCCGGGGCGGUUACUGGGGAAACGUUUGUGGGCCACACUUCCGGUCGCCCACUACGCGCGACCGGAAGGGUUCGAGUUAGGUGGGAGCUGAGCUGCUAAUCACAUCACUCGCUCUGUCACUGAAUAAAAUUAUGGCUUUAAAAAGCUCAGGAACAACGCGUGCCGUUCGAGGAUGUACUAACAACCGGACAAAACUAAAUAAUUGGUUGAAAUCUGAGUGUUUUGAUCACAAGCCGAAAAAGAAAGCAGAGUGUUUGUGCCCAAAAUGGUACAGUUCCAUCUGCUGCCCAAUGAUGAAGAGGCUGAAGAACCUGAACUUAAAACAACCGAAAUGUUGUUAUGUCUGUUCAUUUCAUUUUGUGGACAAAGCGCCAACGGAAGAAAACCCUUACCCAAUGCUUUAUCUGGGUUAUGAGAAGCCACCUGAGAAGAAACGCCGAAGAGUAGUCAGGAUGAGUGUUGACAGUCAAGUCGCAACAACAACAGGUAUGCUAAAUUUGAUAUUGACGCAAUUUUUUUUUUAUGUAACAUUACGGUAGCAUACAGUAUACUCUAUUUACGUUGGUUAAGUCAAUUGUGUAUCCUAACUUUCAUCCUUAAUUUAGAAAUUAUCAUAGGUCAGUGUCCUGUUAAAACCUUGUCUAGAUCUAUUCUGUAGACCAAUGCAUGUUUAGACCCUCAUCCAAUUAUCUCCAUCUAUGUCUCCAUCUUAUUGUGCUAUAUAAAUAAAGUUGCCUUAUUAUUACCUGCAGACCAAGCUGUGAUGGUGUUCGAGCAGCCUCAAACCUUCAAGGAUGCCCAAACAGUGGAUGGAUCCAGCUGAGGAGGACCAUACCUACUCUAAAGGAUCCAUCCUUAUAUGUGACAUGAUCAUCACACCUGCCCCUGAGAUCUCACUGUCCAUUGCAGAGGUUACACUGAAAGGUGAUAAAGACUGUCUGCUGUACACAGGGAUUCCUCUACUUGUGUUCAACACUCUUGUCUCCUGUCAACAAGGUUUUGUGCGCCAGUCAUCAACAAUGCCAGCUCAAGAUGAAGUUUUGUUAACACUCAUGAAGCUCAGACAUAACUUUGCUGUAGCUGAUUUAGCGAGGCGCUUUAAAAGAUCAGCCAGUCAGGUCAGUAAAACACUUACGCGUUGGGUUGAUAUCCUUGCUGAGAACACCAAGGUCCUCAUUCCAUGGCUGCCCCGUGACACUAUAAAAGCAACUAUGCCAAAGGUUUUUCUGCCACAUUUCUCUGAUUUAACUUGCAUCAUUGACUGCACAGAGAGUGUUCUGCAAAAAGCCAAAAACGUAGACUCGCGCUCAGAGUCUUACAGCCAUUACUAUGCGAGUAACACUGUUAAGUACCUUGUUGCCAUUGCUCCAUCAGGGAUGCUGAUGUUUAUUUCAGAGGCUUUUGGUGGGAAGUGUAGUGACAGGUAUAUUACCAACUCAGGGUUUCUUGAUUGUUUACGUCCUGGUGAGGGGGACCGUGGGUUCACAAUUAGAGAUCUUGUUGAGGAGAGGAGGGUAAGGCUAGUCAUACCUGCUUUUACACGCAAACACAGCCAGCUGACCAAUGAGCAAGUGACUCAGAUGAGACGGAUAGCAAAUGUACGCAUUCAUGUGGAACGGGCUAUAAGGCGUCUCAAAGUGUUCAAGAUCCUGUCACAAACCGUGCCAAUAAGCUUAGUUCCUAAAAUUGAUAAAAUACUUCAGAUUUGUGCAGCUCUCAUAAAUCUGAGAGGAGAGCUUACACUGGAAAAAGGUUUUUAUGCCGUACUUCAUCUGAUUAUUAUUUUGUAA